UCGUAUUCCUAUACGCUCGUGUGCGUUGUCAGUGCUUGCUCUUUUUGCAAUUGAUUUUUUUUGAAAGUAGUAAAAGAAUAGCGACAACAAUUCAUUAAACAAAACGUAUAGUGCAAAGAGUACAACAACAAAUCCAACACGAUCACGACGUCCACGCUAAGUAUUAGUAAAAAAAUACUAUUGGCAAAUUCAAGGGAAAAGAGGCAUUUGCAAAGCGGAACCCUGGAGCAAGCAAGAAAGCGCUGCAGCUCUUAACUAACUAGCUAGAGAGGAGACGAGUUGCGCUGGUUGGCUACUGCUAUUAGUUAGAGCUGCGUGUUUUGUGAGGGGCGCGAGCGUACAAGGAGUCGAACCAUAAUUUCCUAAUUUUUGGCAACAUAAAACAACCACAGGAGUCCCCACACAAAAAUCAAACAUACAUACAUAGAAGAAUAUCGUUCAAAACUAAAACAAGUCCCACCAAACCUACCAACGUGCCCUGCCGUUUCCAACAACAACAACCCGACUUGAUCUUACCAGUGGACUUCAUGAUGGCUAACACUGGAGCCGGUGGCGUCGAAACACAGGCCCAACUAAUGCAAAGCGCAGCUGCCGCGGCCGUGGCUGCCACAAAUGCUGCCGCCCCCGUACAGAAUGUGGCCGCAGCCGCUGCCGCCGCACAAUUGCAGCAGCAGCAACAAGUGCAACAAGCCAUUCUGCAGGUGCAGCAGCAGCAGACACAGCAGGCCGUGGCCGCUGCUGCCGCAGCCGUUACACAACAGCUACAACAACAGCAGCAGGCAGCCGCCCAGCAGCAGCAACAACAGCAACAACAACAGCAACAACAGCAAGUGGCCGUCGCCCAGCAACAACAGCAGGUCGUUGUUGCACAGCAACAGCAGCAGCAACAACAACAGCAGCAGCAACAACAGCAGCAGACCAAUACCAACGGCACUGCAGGCCCGGCACAGAACGGAAGCAAUGGUAGCACAGAGACACGCACAAAUCUGAUUGUGAACUAUUUGCCUCAGACCAUGACCGAGGACGAGAUACGCUCAUUGUUCUCGAGCGUAGGCGAGAUUGAGUCUGUAAAACUGAUAAGGGAUAAGUCGCAGGUGUAUAUCGAUCCAUUGAAUCCACAGGCGCCCUCGAAGGGUCAAAGCUUGGGCUAUGGAUUCGUUAACUAUGUGCGCCCACAGGAUGCAGAGCAGGCGGUGAACGUGCUGAAUGGCCUGCGGCUGCAGAAUAAGACCAUUAAGGUGUCAUUUGCUCGACCCUCUUCUGAUGCCAUUAAGGGGGCCAAUCUGUAUGUUUCCGGCCUCCCCAAGACUAUGACACAGCAAGAGCUGGAAGCCAUCUUUGCGCCAUUUGGUGCCAUUAUUACAUCGCGCAUCUUGCAGAAUGCCGGCAACGAUACACAGACCAAGGGUGUUGGCUUCAUACGAUUUGAUAAGCGAGAAGAGGCAACGCGCGCCAUCAUUGCGCUAAAUGGCACUACACCCUCAAGCUGCACCGAUCCGAUAGUGGUCAAGUUCUCAAACACACCCGGAAGCACCAGCAAGAUUAUACAGCCCCAGUUGCCGGCGUUCCUCAAUCCACAGCUGGUUAGACGCAUUGGCGGAGCAAUGCAUACGCCCGUCAACAAGGGCUUGGCACGCUUCUCACCCAUGGCUGGUGACAUGCUAGAUGUGAUGCUGCCCAAUGGGCUCGGAGCGGCAGCAGCAGCGGCCACAACUCUUGCCAGUGGCCCUGGGGGUGCUUAUCCCAUAUUUAUAUAUAAUCUCGCCCCCGAAACCGAGGAAGCUGCCUUAUGGCAGCUAUUCGGCCCCUUCGGCGCUGUGCAAUCCGUGAAGAUUGUCAAGGAUCCCACAACGAAUCAGUGCAAAGGCUACGGCUUCGUCUCCAUGACGAACUACGACGAGGCGGCGAUGGCUAUACGCGCCCUCAAUGGCUAUACUAUGGGCAAUCGUGUGCUGCAGGUCAGCUUUAAGACCAACAAGGCCAAGUAAAGUAUGGACAGUCGAGAGCAGCAGCAGCAACAACAACAAUAACAACAACAACUACAGUGCAGCUGCAGGAAAAGUAGCGUGACGGAAAGUAAAAGAAAUUACACACUCAUAGACACAAACACACACACACACAUACAUUACUGAUUUAGUUUAAACACUCAAACACACGCGAAAGCAAAUUAAUCAUACAUAUA